GUAACAUCGCCUUUUCCAAUUGGCCGUCACUCUCAUGACGUGUCAAAACCGGAUGAUGACUACUUCUGCAGAGAAAGCUUUCAGAUAAUCAUGAAAUAAAGCUAUAAAACAGACUUUUAACAGAAGAUCAAGUCAUAAUGGAGAACAUACAGAACGUACCAAUUGAUAUUCAGACCAGCAAACUUCUAGAUUGGCUGAUAGAUAGGCGUCACUGCAAUCUCAAGUGGCAGAAUGCUGUCAAAGGGAUCCGAGAAAAAAUCAACUCCGCAAUGCAAGACAUGCCAGAGAAUGAGGAGAUCAAACAGCUCCUCUCAGGCUCCUACAUUCACUAUUUUCACUGCUUGAGAAUAGUGGAGAUCUUAAAGGGGACGGAACAAUCAUCCAAGAACAUCUUUGGCAAAUAUUCUUCGCAGAGAAUGAAAGACUGGCAAGAGAUUCUGCACUUGUACCAGGCUGAUAACAUCUAUUUAGCCGAGGUGGCCAGCCUGCUGACUCGCAAUGUAAGCUACGAGGGUCCGGCUCUAAGAAAGCAGCUGGCCAAAGCCAAGCAGCUCCAGCAAGACAUGAGCCGGCGGGAGGUGGAGUGCCAGAGCUCGGCCGGUAACAUGCGAGAGCAUUACUACGCUGCCUGCAAGCAGUACGGCAUUAAGGGAGACAACGUUCCUCGUGAGUUGCAGGCUCUGGUCAAAGAUCUACCAGAUGUUCUUGAUAAAGUCGGGGCAGACGCCAGCAAGCUCGAAGAUAAAAUCCAACUGUACACCGCUUUCACCAACUUUGUAUGCGAGUGGUCGGAGCCGGUUCUUCCUCUGUUGACCUUUGCACGGAAGAGAGGGAACGCCACCUUCUACGAGUGGAGAACCGGGAAGGUUCCCACGGUGGUGGAGAGGCCGCAUGUGGAGGGGACACCUGUUGAAGCGCCGGAAGAGGACACGAUCGACUGGGGAGAAUUCAGCAUUCAGGAGCCUAGCUCGGAAAUCACAGUUGAGGACGGGAUUGACUGGGGCAUCAGUGUGGAGCCCAGCUCUGAGGGCGGUGGAGAUGCGAUUGACUGGGGGGACGGCGACGUCGCUCCUGUUGAGAUUGAAAUUGUACAAGCGGGCGCAGACUGUCCCGAGGGCGUGGCGAAGGGGACCGAUGCCUUAAGCAUUCUGGAGAACGCUCAGUCCCGCGGACAGUUCAUUGAUGAACUCAUGGAGCUGGAAACAUUCCUCAGCCAGCGCCUCUCCGAGAUGAGCCAAGAGAGCGACGUGGUAGCCAUAAGUCAGUUCCAGUCGGCGCCGAACAUCAUCCAAAUGCAGAGCAGCGAGCGCAUUCGCGGCAUGCUGUCGGACGUUCAGGACUUGCUGGGCCGGCUCACGUCGCUCAGGAUGCAGCACCUCUUCAUGAUCCUGGCCUCGCCGCGGUAUGUGGAGCGCGUUACAGAGCUUCUAAGACAGAAAAUAAAUCAGGCCGACAUUCUGGAGAGGAAGGCCAUCGGCAUGGUGGAGAAGAGGCUGGAAGCCUUGGAGGAACAGUCGAGGCUGGAGCCUCGAGUCGACCUGCUGAUAGAACGCACACAGCAGCUAAAAAAAAUGAUUGAAAGUGACAUUUCCAAACGAUACAACAACCGACCAGUCAACCUGAUGGGCGUCAUCAUAUAGAAAGUUUAACCAGGACAAAAUAAAAGUUUUGUUUGAGUUAAAAA